GUGGCGAGUGGAGGUGCGCGAGUGCCGGGCGGGCCUCCAUAUUAUAAAUCCUAGGAUGAAAUUGAAUUAUCUUUUCUUUCUUUGCUUACUUCCCUAACCGCCGCCAUGAAACGGUUCACCAAGAUCAUGGUGGACGGCCUGCGGUCAACGGUACAGCCUCCAAAGGUUGAAGAAAUUGCCGUUGUGGAGACUCUACAGGCGGAGGCUUUUCAGAUCGCUAAGGAUUUUCUUGAUUUCCUUGCGUUGGGGGGACGAAGCAGCAGGUGGGGCCGAGGACAGCCGCGAGCCACCAGGUCGGUGCGCGGGGAGGGGAGAGCGAGUGUUGUCCACACCACCCCACGCCCCAGCCGCCUCGACACGGACGACACCACCAUCACCAUCAGCAUCACCAGCACCAUCAGGAGCGCCAGCAGCACCAACAGCACCAGCAGCAGCGUCAGCACCAUCAGCAGCAUCACCAGCACCAGCAACGGCAGUCACUGGCACCUGGCCGCCACGCAAGCCCCAGCCUCCAGCUUCAGCCGGGUGUGUGUGUGUGUGUGUGUGUGUAUGUAUGUGUGUAUGUAUGUAUGUGUGUGGGUGUUUCUACCCCUCCCCCUCUCCCCGUAGCCACCUCUUAAUCCCCUCACACAAUUUACUGACCCCAUUAACCCACCAUUCAACACCCUACAUGACCCAUUUCCGACACGCACCCACUCCCAUAUCCUCCUUCACCAUACACCCCCAUACCCCCCUCUGUAGCUACUUUUAACCCCCCUCACACAAUUUACUAACCCCAUUAACCCACUGUUCGACACCCCACAUGACCCAUAUCCGACACGCACCCAGUCCCAUAUCCUCGUUCACCAUACCCCCCAUACCCUUUCUGUAGCCACCACUAACCCCCCUCACGCAAUUUACUGACCCCAUUAACCCACUGUUUAACACCCCACACGGCCCAUUUCCAUCACCCACCCACUCCCAUUUCCUCACUCUCCAUACCCCCCCUCAUACCCCCCUCCGUAGCCACUUUUAACCCCCCUCACGCAAUUUACUGACCCCAUUAACCCACUAUACAACACCUCACUCGGCCUAUUUCCGACACCCACCCACUCCCAUUUCCUCGGUCACCAUACCCCCCAUACCCCCCUCCGUAGCCAUCUCUAACCCCCUUCACACAAUUUACUGGCCCCAUUAACCCACUGUUCGACACUCCACAUGGCCCAUUUCCGUUACCCACCCACUCCCAUAUCCUCACUCACCAUACCCCCCCAUACCCCGUCCGUAGCCACCUCUAACCCCCUUCACACAAUUUACUGGCCCCACUAACCCACUAUGCGACACCCCACAUGACCCAUUUCCGACAUGCACCCACUCCCAUUUCCUCGUUCACCGUACCCCCCAUACCCCCUCCGUAGCCACCUCUUACCCACCUCACACAAUUUACUGACCCCCUUAACCCACAAUUCGACACCCCACAUGCCCCUUUUCCAACAUGCACCAACUCCCAUUUCCUCGUUCACCAUACCCCCCAUACUCUUUCCGUAGCCAGCUCAAACCCCCUCACACAAUUUACUGACCCCACUAACCCACCAUUCAACACCCCUCACGGCCCUUUUUCGUUACCCACCCACUCCCAUUUCCUCGGUCACCAUACCCUCCCUCAUACCUCUCUCCGUAGCCACCUCUAACCCCCCUCACACAAUUUACUGACCCCACUAACCCACUAUACGACACCUCACACGGCCCAUUUCCGUCACCCACCCACUCCCAUUUCCUCGGUCACCAUACCCCCCAUCCC